AUGGCAAGCUCGCUACCCCAAAAGCGAGUGUUGGCUGAUACGACCAACUCGAAGCAAAACAUACCCUCUACGCCAACGUCGGCGAAGAAGCGCCGCGUCGAGCCACCCUCGUCGUCGCAACUACGGCCCCCGGGGUCCCAGGGCGACCCGCGGUCGAAGCUGAGCUCUAGCCAGGUCAAGAGCGUUUUCGAGUCGGACGUGCUUGAGAAGUUGUCGCAGGACGUAUCGGAGCUCAAGAGCCACAAUGCUGAGAAGGACCAGGUCUGGGAGCGGCCGCCCCUCGACGGCUUUGUACCCUCGCGAGACAGUCUCUGCUUCCAGUCCAUUGACGCCGAGGAGGGAUACCUUAGCGGUGGCCGCCCGACGGUGAAGCUCUUUGGCGUCACGGAAAAGGGUAAUUCGGUCAUGCUCCACGUCACCGACUUCAAGCAUUACCUCUUCGUCGCCGCGCCCGUUUCCUUCCAGCCCAGUGACUGCGAUGCGUACAUGGCCUUCCUCGACUCCGUGGUCGAGUGUGACGAGCCAUGUAUUCACUCCGUCAACCUCGUCAUGCGUAUAGAUAUUUACGAGUACCGGGGCAACAUCGAGAGCCCCUAUAUCAAGAUUACCCUCAAAGAUCCUAGGCUUGCAGCCAAAGUUCGCUCAGCCAUUGAGUCGGGUGAGGCCAAUUGGAAAGAUAUGUUUCCCUGA